CGCGGGCCGAUCGGCGGGUGCGGAGUGUGCAUGCGCGCGGCCGCUAGGCAGUGAGGGGCGGGCGGCGGGGCCGGGCCGGGAGCGGCGCCAUAAGAGGCGUGCCGCCGCCUAGCUUCUUAGCGCUGCUGAGCGCCGCGUCGGGUUAGGUCCGGGGGAGCCGAGGUCUCGUCGCUGCCUUUGGUUGCAGCUAUGGGUUCCCGGGCGUCUACGCUACUCCGGGACGAGGAGAUUGAGGAGAUCAAGAAGGAGACGGGCUUCUCCCACAGUCAAAUCACUCGCUUGUAUAGUCGCUUCACCAGCCUAGACAAAGGAGAAAAUGGCACUCUUAGCCGUGAAGACUUCCAGCGGAUUCCAGAGCUUGCCAUCAAUCCUCUGGGAGACCGAAUUAUCAAUGCCUUUUUUUCAGAAGGGGAGGACCAAGUGAAUUUCCGUGGAUUCAUGAGGACACUAGCCCACUUCCGGCCCAUAGAAGAUAAUGAAAAGAGCAAAGACCAGAAUGGACCAGAACCACUGAACAGCCGAAGUAACAAGCUCCACUUUGCUUUUCGGUUAUAUGAUCUAGACAAAGACGACAAGAUUUCCAGGGAUGAGCUUCUUCAGGUGUUACGGAUGAUGGUUGGUGUCAACAUCUCAGAUGAGCAGCUUGGCAGCAUUGCUGACAGGACAAUCCAGGAAGCCGAUCAAGAUGGGGAUUGUGCCAUCUCCUUUGCAGAGUUUGUAAAGGUUUUGGAGAAGGUGGACGUAGAGCAGAAAAUGAGUAUUCGUUUUCUUCACUGAUGGAUGGAGAACCUACUCCUUUCUACCCUUACUAUAAGAUGAAUAGAACUUCAUUAUUUCCUUGCCACCUUCCCCCAAAGCAUUGUUACUGGUGCAUAUAAAAUACAUCUCCAACCCUUCACUGAUUUGUUCUACCAAUGUGAACAUUCCCUGUGCAUCAGGAACUAAGAGAAAUAGCUGCCAUGGAACUUGGAAAGGAGCAUUAAAAAAAAUCCUUCCAUUUUUAAUUUUUACUUCUUCCCUUGUCUCCUUUUGCGUUAUGAGUAAAUGUUUCUCCUUUUGGUGUACUGCAGUUUAAUCUACAAACUGAUUCUUCUGAGUUCUGAAUCUGAGAAUGGAAAAAGGAAAAUGCCACAGAAAUGCCUUCUGAAAUGCUUCUUGAAGAUGAGUAUCUACUCAAAUACUAAGUGCAGUGAUAAUUGUUCACCUUCGUUUCCAGUAGUGGCUUCACAUCAUAGCUGUCUCUUUCUUCCUUAGUUGGCUCUUUAUUUUUUUUCUUCCCUGCUUUCAAAUCUUGAUUUCUACAAAAAGAUGAUAUAGUUCUUAUGGUGUCAUUACAAACAAGCACAGAAUGCAUGGUAACAGUCCAGAGGUAUGGUGUGGAGACUUUCUUCUUUUGGGGAUUGAUUCACAGUAGG